CUCACGGAGGGCGCGCCCAGAGGAAGGCAGGCAGGAGAAAGGAAGCUUGCAGUCAAGAUGGAGACAGCUAGUUGCUCCGCUACGGUCGUCGGGAACGGGGACGUGGUGUCCCAGCGGGAGCGGAGCCUGCUGCCUGAGCGGCUUCAGAGGCGAGACCAAGAGAGGCAACUGGAGGUGGAAAGGCGCAAGCAAAAGCGGCAGAACCAGGAGGUGGUGGAGGAGAAGAGCGACUUUUUCACUGCCGCCUUCGCCCGGGAGCGAGCCGCGGUGGAAGAGCUUCUGCAGGGCGGAGAGUCCGUCGAGCGGCUGGAGGAGGCGGCCGCUCGGCUCCAGGGGCUCCAGAAACUGCUCAACGACUCGGUUUUGUUCCUGGCCGCCUACGAAGUGCGGCAGGCACAGGAGGCGCUAGCGCAGCUGCAGGCGGCCCUGGCCGACCGGCGCCAGCAGCUGCAGCCCAAGAAGCGAUUCGCCUUCAAGACCCGGAGGAAGGAUGCUGUUUUGGCCCCCCAAGUAGUAGAUGCGGCUCCCGGCGCCGCGGGGGCGGAAAGCGUCCUGGCCUCCCCGCCCUCCCUGACCGAGGAGGGAGCCGCGGGCUCUAGCUGGCUCUGCGGCUUCUCCAACCUGAAGUCCCAAGUCUUGGAGAAGAGAGCGGAAGAGUUGCACCAGCGAGACGUCCUUUUGACCGAACUGAGCAAUUGCACGAUCAAACUGUACGGCAAUCCCAACACCCUGCGGCUGAGCAAGGCCCGCGGCUGCACGUUGCUCUGCGGCCCGGUGUCCACUUCGGUGUUCCUGGAUGAUUGCAGUGAGUGCGUGCUGGCCGUGGCCUGCCAACAGCUCCGGGUACACACUACGAGAGACACCCGCAUCUUCCUGCAGGUGACCUGCAGGGCCAUCGUGGAGGACUGCCACGGGAUCCAGUUCGCCCCUUACACCUGGAGCUACCCGGGGAUCGACCGAGACUUCGAGAGCUCUGGUUUAGAUAGGAGCAAAAAUAACUGGAACGAUGUCGACGAUUUCAACUGGUUGGCCCGGGAUAUGGCCUCCCCCAACUGGAGUGUUCUUCCUGAAGAAGAGCGAACGACCCAGUGGGACUAAGCAGUUGUUACUCUUCUCUCCACUUAUACCAAAUUCUUCCCGUGUGGGACUGACUCCCAACUAAUGGGACCCCAAAGUGUACUUAUCAUUGUCACAUAGUGUUAUGUUUUCAGUAAUUAAGACGUAAAAUUGUCAUAGGCGAUUUGUGAUUUCCAUUCAAUUCGAGACAGGUAUAACACUUUUAUUUUUGCUAUUUUGAUAAUUAUUGCUAGUAUUUGCCCAUGACAGUUUGAAGCCUGGGAGGCGGGGGGAGGGAAAGAGUGUGGUUCUCUGUUGGUUUUUUUAUUUGUGGUAUUUAAAACUUAUUGCAUGAGAAAGCAGGCCUUCAAUAAAUAUUUAACAAAUGAAUGCAGCAGGGCUCUAGUAAGAGGCGGUUAAUGUGGAAUGAUGGUACCGAACCUGUGCGGGGUACCAUGAAGGAGAACCUUUUUGGGUUUAGUGCUCUCAGCAGGGUGCUCUGGGGGAAGCCGCCUCUCUGGUCUUCAGCUACACCUUAGCUUGAGCUUCUGGAAUCCAGCUGGUCAUUGACUAGUUUGGGUCCAAAAGUUCGGCUUGGACCCCCAGAAGCUCAUGAGUUUUCCCAACUGUAAAGCCAAAACUAUUAUAGCUACCAAUUUUUUGUGCAUUGAAAAUGUCAUAGACGCUGUUCUAAGUACCUUACUCAAAUACACUUAUUAAGGCCUCAGAAUCUUAAGAGGUAGGUUCUGUUUGCACUGUUUUUCAAGCGAGGAAACAUAAGUAUGUUGCUCGAGGUCACGCGUGCUGGUGGACUGGAAUUUAAAGUUGGCUCCAGAGCCCAUCUUCUUAAUCCACUACAAGAUGGUGAUUUUGAAUUGUGUUGACUUGACAAGAAGCAAGCAAAAUAAUUAAAAAGGGCAAAUUUAAAAAAAUUUUUUUUAUUGAUUUCAGAGAGGGAAGGAAGAGGGAGAGAGAGAGAGAAACAUCAGUGAUGAGAGAGAAUCAUUGGUUGGCUGCCUCCUGCAUGCCCCCCACUGGGGAUCAAGCCUGCACACAUCGGGCAUGUGCCUUGACCAGAAUUGAACUGACCACUGAGCCAUGCCAGCCAGGUGCAUUGCUUUUUUUUUUUU